AUGGUGUCUGCUGCCUCUAUUCCUAUGGAAGACCGUGAUAUGUCUUGGCUAAAAGACCCUCAUUUCGAACGUGUUCAUGCAAAGCUCCUAGAGAAGAACAGUGUUAACUGGAAGGCGCUCGAAUUUGUUUCUGUGUCUGGUGAUCAAGUCCAUGUCAAGGACCUGCAACUCCAAGGAGAACAUACCAUCGACAUUGCCAACCUGCAACCUGUGGUUCCUGAUAUGACAGGCGACUUUGUUACAGUCACUGCGGGCCCCAUGGCAGGGAAAAUAUUCAAAGACCCUGAUAAUGUGUCCCUGACUUAUCGAACCCCGAUCUUGCUUGAUCGCCUGGACCAUGAACGACGACAUAGGAAGAUGCUUGAAAUAAGCCAAGAAGAGUACGAUCGACUCACAAGAAACGCAGAAAGGGCGGGAGUGCUGGAAAAGGAGAAUUCGUCCCUCAGAAAGGAAAACUGGGAACAGCAGGCGAGACUCUCGGAAGAAGACAAUGAUGUGGGGAAACCUCUGCCUCAUCCAGAAGGUCGACAAGGCAGGAAAGACAGUGGCUUCGCUCUCAAUAAUGUUUUGGCCUUUGAGACAGUUGAGCAGGUUAACACGGUGAAAGGAAUGUGUCAUGUGUAUGCCUCUGUGUUCCUCAAUCUCACCAAGACAUGGUCCAAACAGAACCAUGAAAAUAAGGAGGCUAUGAUGCGAGCAUUGAUGAAUGACUACCUGGUUUACCGACAAUACAAAGAGGGAUGGGUGAUCAAGGAGAUACUGAUGGAGUAUCUGGAGAACAAAGCUUCGGGUUAUAGGCAAUACUACAAAGACAUGCCUACUGAAGUACACUAUCUUGAAGAGGCCCGCACUUAUUGUUUAGGCAAGGGUGGCAAUGACGAAGCUACCAAGAGCCAGAAAGGCAAAAAGAAGAAGAAAAGGACCUCGAGAAGAGGCGAGGACAGCGAGGAUUGUGAGAUGCCCGAGAUCAAUCAUGAACGCGCAAGGCCGACCACGGUUGACCCUCCUAAACCCAGAGCCAAGUCCUCCAAGACGAAAGAGCGGAAACUGGCUCCCACCCAGUAUGCCAUUGAUGCCAGACGCACAGCUCGCAAUGCUCAAGAUGCACCGGAGGCUGCCACUUCCACUGCUCGCCAGGCGACAGGAGCCUUGAAUCCAGGUUCUGCUCCUUGCCAGGCCGCCAGGACUCCUCAACCUGGUGCUGCUUCUGCUCCUCGCAACGCCGCCGCCCCGAGGCCUGUCACCAUCUCAAAGCCUGCUGCCAUCUCAAAGCCUGUCGCUGCCUUGAGGCCUGUCGCUGCCUCGAGGCCUGUCGCCACCCCUAGGCCUGUCGCCGUCUCAAAGCCUGUCACUGCCCCAAGGCCUGUCACCGCCUCAAAGCCUGCCCCUGUCCCAAAGCCUGUCACUGCAUCCAGCACUCCGACGCCUUUACCACCUGAUAAUGCACCAAAUUCAGUGCCCACUUCAGACUGGCUCGAAGCACCUGAGGAAGCAUGUUUCGAUGAGAUCUACAUGCAAACCCCUCCCUUUGUGACAAUCACAAACAGGACAAGGCCCUCGGUGCCCUCGGUGACUGAGAAAGUCCAGGCCGCCUCUGAAGCCAUGGCCACACUGCCUAUUGACCACGCGACAGAAUCUGAUGGGCCUGGGGCUGUGAAGACAAAGAGCGCGUCUGGCAAGGGCAAGUCACUUCAGGAUGCGGCGCCUCCACUGGCGACGUGCACCACUCGUUCACAUGCUGCGCAAAAAAGAAAGAGUGAUGAUUUGCAAGAAUUGAGCAGGCCUCCAGCGAAGAAACAGCGCAUGGACAUUCAGAGGUGCCCCCACGACGGGUGUGUGAGCAUUCCCGUGGACGGACUCACCCAAAAAUUAAAGCGGACGCUGGAUAAACUUGUCAACGGCGCCAACCUCACCCUGGAGUACAGAGACAAACUGAAUGUGCAAGUUCAUGACAAACUCAGAGCGGCUGUUGCAAAUAUGGCCCAGGAGUUGGACUGGCCCCUGAAUGUUGACUUCAAAUCUCUUCCAGAUCAUUUAACAGAUCUGGAGGAACAGAUUUUUGGGCUAACUGACAAUGAGAUUGUCUUGGAUCUCUGCUACCCGUGGUUGUCGCUUGUCAAAUCAUUGCAAAAGGCAGGUGCAAACGCUGAGGAUCUGUCCCACUGGGAAGAUAAGAGGCUGUAUGACAUGAUGCGUGCCAACCUGCACACUGGCUAUUAUGGGCCCAUGUCAAUGAAGAUCAUCAAGGACUGGUUUGUCAAAACAUACCCACAAGAUACCACGGAGCCAAAAAUCGCACGUAUAAUGGCUGAUGUCAUCCUAGAGAAGAUGAUCGGACUGCUGGAAACCUGGUGGACUGGCAUGCAGGGAUGGACACUCACUUAUUGCCAAUUCCUGGACCUUGUCGCCAUUCCUGGGAUCGCCAAUAUUCUCAUUGAGGACAAUAUGAGACUAACCCCAUUCGAGGUGGAAAAGUUGCGCCAGGACAGUUACUCAUAUGGAGUUAUGUUCCACUGUAUAACCGCCAUUCAUGACGCACCGAGGACUGGUGAACUGUUGCGAUUGAGCAGGAAGAAGGAGCUUCAGCUGCCCACAGUCUACUCCUACUCCCUAAAAGUGGAACUCUGA